GUUACAUUUCCUGAGAGAGCGUAUAGAGUACAGAGGAUUGCAGAGAAUUUUUAAACUAUGCAAGUACACGUAAGGCUAGCUGUCUUCAACCUGCUUCAACAGUAUCUUGUUGGUGAUAUUGCCUUUAUUCCUCAGAUUAUAUCAAAGUUCAGGAAUUUCAAGUGAUUAUACGAAGAAGUGAUUAUUGAAAUAAAGUCGGGAGACUAUUUCGCAAUUAAUAUUUUGCGUACUGUCAAAAUCUACGUUCUAUUAAAAUGGACAAGAUAUCAGGAAAAUAUCAGCUAUAUCUUCCUAAUUCCACAAGGACAAGAUCGCAAGAUUUACGAAGCCGGCAGUCGUCAUACGCAAAUAUUUAGAUGACUAUGCAAGUGUGUUAAAAAUAGCUUCGGACACUUUUGGCGCCUAUAUUCGUACAGAUCUCGAGAAAAGUUUCAAGGCCAAUUCGGAUUUGCUUAGGAAGUAUCGAUGCUGCGAGGUGGCGCUAUUUCCGUAAUUCCGUAUCAGCUGAUAACAUAUGACACGACUGGCCGACCGACUUCCUCCGUGAUCACGAUCCAGUGCACCCGGCAAGGUCCUUCGAGGGAGAGAUCUUUUUAAAAUUUUUUUGCUUAUACAUCAAUUUUCGCGAAUACUGUUAAUUAUUGUUUAACAAAAAAUGAGCAACAAGUAUGCUUAAUCGACGAGACAUUUAAUUAGAGAAUCAUCCGUUUAAUCAAAAUCACAUCAUCAAAAAUGAGUAGUCAGAAGACAGUGCCAAACAGUGUCAAGUUCCUCAUUGGUGGCACUUCUGGCAUGGCAGCAACUUGUUUUGUACAGCCAUUGGAUUUAAUAAAGAAUCGCAUGCAAUUAAGUGGUACAAAAAUAUCAACAAUAACUGUUACAUCAUCAAUUUUAAAAAAUGAAGGUGUUUUGGCAUUAUAUUCGGGUUUAUCUGCUGGUUUAAUGCGGCAGGCUACAUAUACUACCACUAGACUUGGUAUAUAUACUUGGCUUAUAGAACUUUCUUCCAAAAAUGGUCAACCAAAUUUUAUAGUAAAAGCAUUACUUGGUAUGGCAGCUGGCUGUGUCGGAGCAUUUGUAGGUACACCUGCCGAAGUAGCUUUAAUUAGAAUGACAGCUGAUGGAAGAUUGCCCAUUGCUGAUAGACGUAAUUACAAAAAUGUGUUCGAUGCAUUAUUCCGUAUAAUUAGAGAGGAAGGUCUCUUUACAUUAUGGCGUGGUGCUAUUCCUACUAUGGGUCGCGCUAUGGUUGUAAAUGCAGCACAAUUAGCAUCAUAUUCUCAGGCAAAACAAGCAUUGUUAGAUACAGGAUAUUUCGAAGAAAAUAUUGUACUGCACUUUGCAAGUUCAAUGAUUUCUGGUUUAGUCACUACUGCUGCCUCAAUGCCUGUAGAUAUAGCUAAAACGAGAAUUCAAAACAUGAAAUCGAUAAAUGGCAAACCAGAGUUUACAGGCGCGAUUGAUGUUUUGACCAAAGUCAUAAGAAAUGAAGGACCGUUUGCAUUAUGGAAAGGAUUCUUCCCAUAUUAUGCACGUCUGGGGCCUCAUACAGUCUUGACAUUUAUUUUCCUGGAACAAAUGACUGCUGCUUAUAAACAAUAUUUAACAUAGUUACAAUUGUGUGCUUGUGAAAAAUUUUUAUUAAUAAGCCCAAGAAAUGAUGGCAAUUUUUUGUUA